GCCAUAUUCAAUCAACUUUCAAUCUUUACAACGUUGUACCAGGUGUCAACCUCAUUUUUACCACCUUCAUUUUUUUCUUCGUUUUUUCUCUUUCUUUUCCACCCUCUUUUCAACACACAACAUUCAAAAUGUUCACCAAGACUCUCAUCUUUGCGCUGGCCGCCAGCCCCCUGGUGGCUGCUCACGGCAAGAUCGCAAUGGUCGCUGGUGACGCGGGUGGCAACGGCACAGCCCUUGCCAUCAAAGGUGCCGUCGUUCCCGGCGCAGGACCCAACAGCAAGACGGAGGUGGACACCACCGUCUUCAGCAAGAAGCAGGCCGGCACCGACGCCAAGUCGGACGGCUUCGGUAAGACUACCGGAUCAGGCCAGAACACCGCCAAUAUGCUCAAGGAAGCCAUGGCGCAAUCCGGCAGUACUCUUCCUCAGGUUACCCAAGGUGGUAGCAUCAACGGAACCUACCACAUUGUAACCACUGAUGGUGCUGGCCCUGUCAGGGCUAUCCUGGACACCGAGGGAAAAGGUGAAUUCUCCAAGGGCACAGAGCUCGAAGUCACGACCAAUGUUCCGGGCAACAACGGCAACAUCAAGGCCACCAAGGGCAAGCGAUCCUUCAUUGGCGAGCUCUGGGAUCGCUCGACCGACGCCCUCGCGGCGCGCGGUCUGAUCACCAAGCGCGCGGCCAACGUCAACACCGACCACCAGUUUUCCGUCAAGAUCCCCGCCGGUACUACCUGCAACGGUGAGGCUUCCGGCCAGACGAACAUCUGCUGGGUCAAGGUCGCCAACCCGAGCAACGCUGGUCCCUUUGGCGGUGUUUUCGCCAUCCAGAUGGCGGGCGGUGGCAGCGCUGGCAAUGGCACCACCGCCACCGCUUCCACCGACAAGGCGACUGCCGGCACAGGCAGCAAGGCUGCAGCGGCCACGGACAAGAAGGGCAACAAGAAGAACAAGAACACCAAGCGCUUCACUGCUUGA